AUGGAUGACGAUGAUAAAAGAAAAACAGCCCCACCAGGUGUUGUUAAUCUAAAUAAUUCAUCAACAUCUACAGCAAAUGGUGUAAAACCACCAAUUAGAUCGUCAAUGAUAACAAGAUCAUCAACAGUAUCAGCAUCAGAUAAUUCACUUUUAACAAAAACAAAUCAACCCAAUGGUACAAAUCUUAAUAAUAAUAGUCCUCAAAGAACAAACCCACCAGUAAGAUCAGCAUCAAUGAUUGUUAAAAAUUCAACAGAUACUGCAACAUCACCAGUUCAAUCAGCUCAACCAUCACAACCAUCACCUCAGCAACCAUCAAUACAAGAAAAGAAGGUUCCACCAAAAGUUACACCAAGAACAUCAUUGUCAUCAUUAUCAAUUAAUAAAGUUCCAGUUGGUCAAAACGAAAAUAAUUUAAACGCUAAUAAUAAUACAAACAAUAGUAGUAAUAUUAAUAAAUCACCAAUCCAAUCUAGAGCGUCAGUUGUUACGAAUAAUGGUAAUGAAGUAUCACCAUCAGCAUCACCAGCACUUUGUAAUUCAAAUAGUUUAGAAAGCAUUAACGAUAAUUCAAGUGAGGGAUCAGAGUUAUUAAAUAAAUAUUUAAAUGAUGAAACUACUGAUGCACAAACUAAUGAAAAUGAAGAUGAUACCGAUGAAGAAGGAGUUGAGGAAGAAGAGGAGCUGCAUGCAGAGUUUUUAAGUGAAAUGGGUUUAGGUAAUGAAGAAACUAUUAAUGCACUUAAAGAGGCAGAGUUAAAAGAAAUGGAAUUAUUAGCUGGUGGUACUAAAUUUAGAAUUACUAGAAGUUUUGUUGGUAUUCAAUCUCAAUCUCAAGCCCCCAGAUCUGGUAGUUUAUUUGAACCAUAUAAUAGGGCUUCCGUAAUUAAUCAAAAUACCAGACCAAUCAGUAUUGCUAACAACCAUAAUGCAUCAUCUAAACCACCAAUGUCUCCAAAUACUCAACAACCAUCACAGCAAUUAUCAGGAUCACCAACUAAAACUGGCAGUAAUUUACAAAUUAAAACACAAAAUGGUAAAGUUAUGAAUAAUCCAAGAAUUUCAAUAAUGAUCCAUCAAAGAGCACCACCAAGAAAACCAUUACCUCCAACACCACCAAGAUCGAAACCAGCACCAAAUUUACAAGAAGAUCCAGCUAUGGUCAAAGCUGCAAUUAAGAUUCAAAGAGCUUACAGACGUCACAAACAAUGUUUACCACUUAUAAAAUUAAAAUUAUUAUAUAGAUACAGAUGGAAUAUAGUGCAAGAAAUCUAUAAUACAGAAAAAACUUAUUUAUCAACAUUAAAACAAUUAUCAACACAUUUUAUAGACCCACUAAGAAAGAGCAGUCUUAUUAGUCAGGAGGAUGUAAAAUUUAUAUUUGGUGGUAUUGAUAGUAUUUAUGUUAUUAAUAAUACAUUGUUAUCAAGUUUGGAAACAGUAUUGGAUAAAUGGACACCAUACUCUAUAUUGGGUAGUUGUUUUACAACCAUGGGUGUUUACUUAAAAGCUUAUACUGAUUAUGUAAAGAAUUUUGAUUUUGGUCUUCAACGUAUUUCACUAUGUGCAAAAGACUCAAAAUUUGCAGCAUUUAUUAAAGCGGCUGAAGAAAAAACAACACCACGUUCAAGAUUAGAGUCAUUGUUAAUUACACCAGUGCAAAGAAUUCCACGUUAUGUAUUAUUACUUCAAGAUUUAUUAAAACAUACUGAGGGAUCUCACCCAGAUUUCCCCCAUUUAACUAAAGCUUUAGAAUUAGUCAAGGGUAUUGCAAUGUCAAUUAAUGAUACCAAAAGACAAUCUGAUAAUUCCCUAAAAGUUGUUGAAGUUCAAAAUAAACUAAUUGGAAAAUGUCCAAAUCUUGUUAUUGCCGAAAGAAGAUAUGUGUUUGAGGGUUAUCUUUUAGUUGGGGAUUUAUAUAAUAAAUCUAAAAGAGUUUAUGUAUUUUUAUUUAAUGAUAUUUUAAUUUUUUCAAAACCUACAUCCAAUAAAAUUUUUAAUAAUAAAUCAAAGUUCAAAUUUUUAAAAUGUGAAGACCUAUUUCCAUGUCCAAUGUUAACAGAUAUCCCAAAUAAUCCCUCAAUGAUUAAUUGUUUUGAAAUUUUAUUACAAAAUGUUGAACUAAGAUUCUUUGCAGAGUCACCAGAAUCGAAAACUCAAUGGUUAAAUUAUCUUCAAAAAGUAUUUUUUGAAAUUGGUGCUCAACAACAACAAAAUGAAAAAUUAGUAAAUUAUAAAAAAGCAGAAGAAAAAGCAAAUGAUUUUAAAAAAUAUAUAGAUUUCCAAUACACAGCAUUAAAAUUAAAAGGUAAAACAGGUAGAGGCGCAACAUUAGCAGGUUCAAUGAAUUUGAAUGAGUCACAACAACAAGAUGUUAGUUCAAAUGAUUUAUCAAGUAGUGUAAAUAUUAAUAAUAACAGCGAUAAUUUGGUUGGUAGCGGUAGUGAUUUAGAUACAAACGUAGUAAUUGAUAAUCAACAAAAUCAACAACAACUUCAAAACCAAUCACUUCUAAAUAAUUCAAAUUCUUCAUCACCACAACAAUCAUCACCACAGUUAUUAUCUCAACAAUCAUCGCCACAAUUACAACAACAUCUACAACAACAACAAUCAUCUCCACAGUUAAGACAAUAUCCAAAUUUAUUGAGACAAACAACAUUCCAUAAAAUGUCAUAUCAAACCAGAAUGGAAACUAUUAAGGAUGCUGAAGAAAAAACUCAACAACUUUUAUUAGAAGAACAAAAGAACCAGGAAAUGUUAACCAAACAAACCAAUGAAGAGAACAAAAAAAUUCAUAAAGAGCAACUAAAUGAAAUUUAUAAAGGUGCAACAGUUGGUAGAUCAUUCUUUAAAUCAUCUUCGGGUACAAUUGUUGGUGGUACAGCAAAUGGUAAUAGUGGUGGUGAUCAUGAUGAAAAUAAUAAUAACAAUAAUUUACCUCAAAAAUAUGAUACUGUAAAAACAUCCAAAUCAACAGGUGCUCCAUCACUAAAUAAAAUAUUUUCCAAUUUUUCGACCAGUUCAAAACUAGAUAAAGAAAAGGAAAAGGAAAAGGAGAAAGAAAAAGAAAAACAAGAAAAAGAAGAUAAGAAGAAAACGAUUCAAGUUCAAAAAUCAUCAUUAAAUUUAAAAGCUCUAAACACUGAAUUGGCCCAGAUUAAUAAUAAUAAUAUUAAUAACAAAAAAUAA